AACAGGAGAGAGAGAGAGGGGGCCGGGCCGGCCUGCCUGGCUGCCUGUUUCGUGUGUCUGAGGAUCUCCUGAUCUCCCCCCUGUCCAUCGUCAUCCACCUCCCCCCGCCCCCCUCUUUACUUCAUCCACCCCUCUCCCUCCGCCGCCCCUCUCCUCUCGCUCCCCCGGUGCGAUGCUCCUUCCGUCUCCCAUGAUCUGAGUUCUCCGACUGCCUCCUCCCCGAAGACGCUACCGGGUAGCACCGAGACUCUGCAGAAGCUGACAAGUCCUCCAAGAAUUCAGGCGCAGCACGCCAGCAACAAGACGACGAAGCGGAGCUAAAGGGAAAGGAGAGGAGAGAGCGCAUCCGAUCCCAUCAUGGAGGGCGGCGAGACGACGCUGUCGGGGUUCGGCGGCGGCGGCGGCGGCGCGGGGGCCGGCGUGGACACCAAGGUCCUGCACGCGUUCCAGACGAGCUUCGUGCAGGUGCAGAGCCUGCUGGACCAGAACCGCGUCCUCAUCAACGAGAUCAACCAGAACCACGAGUCCAAGGUGCCCGGCGACCUCUCCCGCAACGUCGGCCUCAUCCGGGAGCUCAACAACAACAUCCGCCGCGUCGUCGACCUCUACGCCGAUCUCUCCUCGCUCUUCGCCGCCUCCGGCGGCGGCGGCCGCGCGGCGUCCGAGGGCGGAUCCGUCGGCACCGUCCGGCAGGCCGGCGGCGGCCACAAGCGGAUCAGGUCCGGCCUCGACUGACGACUUCAUCAUCUCAUCUCUUAGCUAGCUAGCCAGGGACCGACCGACCUCCUUCCUCUCUCCUCUCUCCUCUCCCUCUUUGACUUGAGCUGUUCUUGUAUCUAUCGACGUACUCCGAUCUACCUUAUCUACCUCCAUUACGACUACUACUGUUACAUAUGAGCAAGAGCAAAUCCUCUCAACUCAUGAUAUUCUUGUAGCUGAUGUUAAUCAUCUUGUUGCUAUGAGCUAGUAUGUGAUAAUGCAUUUUGAUGCAAUUUAUGGACGAUGCAACAGCAACUCACAAGAGUGUGUGAGAGGUUGUUCUGAAA